CUCCAUCUUGCCCUCUUCUCUGUGGGUAUAAAAAGGACAGUUCUUUACCAGCUUCACUUCAUCUGGAACCUCCAGCCUUAUCAAUCCAAACUACUGAACCACACACGGCCUAAUCAUGAGCAGGAAUUACAUGUCCAAGUAUGAUGAGAUGCGUAAGGGAGACAUCAUAUGGUCCAAUAACAAGGAAUACAAGGGAGUUUUCCAGGAGGACGGUAACUUUGUCAUCUAUGGCUGGAGGCAGAUGUGGUCCUCUGACACCGCCGGCCAGUGUGACGCCUACCGCCUGUGCAUGCAGGACGACUGCAACUUUGUCAUGUACAAGAGGGAUAACAAGAUGAUGUGGCAAACCAAGAGCCAGGGUCAAGGGUUCAAGAUGUGCCGCAUGUACCUGCGCAACGACGGCAACCUGGUCGUUGAGAAGGACGGAGAAGAAAUGUGGAACUCUUCUUCCUCCAAGGGCCACAAGCAGUGAAUGUCCUGACCUCAACUGGCUCUGUCCUAAAGGGUCAUCAAGGAAGAUGACUACUCACACUCUGUACCAUAAAUCAAAUCCCUGUGUUCCAAUAUCCACAUUAACAUACCACUUAGAAUGAAGUGAUGUGCUGUGUAUGAGUUGUAAGUGGUAUGCUAGUGUGUAUAUCAGAACAUAGCCUGAAGGUAUCUGACUCACAGUAAAAAGAUUAUGCAAUAAACAUUUUAAAUGCCCCAAAA